GUUUGCUUUAUUAGUUAGUAGAAAAUAAUAUCAUAAAAUUAUGCCAUUAAAUUUGAGUAUGCAUAGAGUGAAGUAGAGAUUCAACGUGGCGGCCACGUUGGAUUCUUUGCCAUGAAGAAGACGUUAUGUUUUGUUUAUAAUUUAAAUCUCAAAUUCUUUUCCAUAUCCAUAUUUUAUAUCCUAAAUGAAAAGAAAGGCAUUAUAUUAUAAAAGGAGGUUCCUCUCUUGAGAGGAAAGUGUAAGUCUUAAGUAAAGUAAACUUGCUUCACCUCUUUUCAAUUCACACAUGGAUUUCUCUACAAAUCUUCAUCAACAACUUCUUCAUCUCGAAAACCAAUUGCUUGUUGGCUCCGGCAGCGGCCAUGCUUGGACUCCCGACCUCUCUUUGUCACCAAAUUGUGAGAUUGAACCAAUUUUUCAUUUCCAAGAUUUGAAUCCAGCCAUUGAUAUUGCACAAAGCUUUACAAGUUUGCAGCAUUAUAAUUCCCAUGGAAUUAGCAAAGAGAGAAGAUAUGAAGAUCAAGAAGGGAAAAGGGAGGAGAAAAAGGACUCAAGUUCUAGUAAUUCUCUAAAAAAAAUCAAUGAUAAUGAAAGUUUGAAAAGUCAUGAUUAUUAUUAUUAUUAUCAUUCUUCAAAUUUUGAAGAAGAAGAUGAUCAAAUGAAGAAGAUUGGACAAAGCUGUUGUUGCAGCAAAAUUCAUCCAACUGUUAAUGUUUCAUCAAGAAAUAGUUAUAAGCCAUUGAUGACGACAGAGUUUUCAAGCUCUUUAGGGUUAUUUGAUCAUUCAUUUUCAUUUGCUUCUUCACAUCAUCUCUUGGACCAAUCAACAACUUCAUCCUCUCUUCUUACUAAAAUGGGAAACCAUGAAAUUACAAAUGCAAAGAGAGCUUACAGUUUGAAACAGCAAAAGCAAAGUCCCAACAAGAAGACGAGAGUAGAGCCUCGCCCCACUUGCCCUCCUUUAAAGAUUAGAAAAGAGAAACUAGGAGACAGAAUAGCUGCACUUCAGCAAUUAGUGGCACCAUUUGGUAAGACUGAUACAGCAUCAGUUCUAAUGGAGGCCAUUAGUUAUAUUAAUUUCCUUCAAAAUCAGAUGCUAAGCCACUCUUACAUGAAAUCAUGUCGCAGCAAAAACUACAAAACGACACGUCGGGAUGAACUAAAUGAUGACAAAAAACAAGAAAGUGAUUUAAAAGCCAAAGGAUUAUGCUUAGUACCAUUAGCUUGCAUUUCUUACUUACCGGAGGAUUCCACCAACGGAGGCAGAAUCGGCAGCCUUUGGCCCCCGUUGGCCGCUGCAAAUUUCAAUAGAAGGUCAUUUUGAUGUACUUAACAACUGCUAAGUUCAAAUUAGAUUUUUAUACAUAUGACUUGAUCCCGUCGAUGCCUAGUGGCAUAUAACCUAAUUCUGCAAUAUUCCCUAGGAUGCAUUAAAUAACCGUAUGUAAAAGAGUUACUAGUAUGAAAAUUUGGCUAUUAACAUCGUGAUGUGAGUGAUGGUGAUGAUCCAUUACUAAUUGAUGCUUUGUAAAUGGUUUUUAGAGUAUGAAUUUUGUAAAUGAUUUCUUCAAACUAACGUUAAUGAAGAAAAUAGAAUCUACAAAAAACAGAUUGAUCAUUUGAUUCAAUUA